GCGGUAUAAGUAACCGUGAGUUCGAGUUCUACAUUCUUUUGCACAUGACCAGUCAAUGGAGUUAGGCCACAAGAUCAGUUGACCAUGGGCUCUCCUUUCAUAUCAAAACUUGGACUGAUGGUAGCGAUACUUUGGUUGAAGCAGACAGGGUGUGAAGCAAGCACUGUAACGAUGGUGAAUCUGUCACUGCCAUUAAUAAAUUCUACACAUUCUGCAUCAAACCUUUCGACAAAUGUAUCGUUGGCAACUAUUCAUGGUGACAAUAGAAGCACUUCUGAAGAUGUUAGUCCCGUAACAACAAAUGGCAUGAUCGUCGAUACUGACUUAAUCGACCAUGGUCACAUCUGCCCAUAUGAUAAACCGUUCAAGGGACCUGAUAACUGCAGCAUUGGUUAUGACAUGGUAGACUCUCUGAAAGAUAAGCUGAUUACACCAUCGAUAGAAGUUGAGUGGCCGUGUGAACUCUUGCACUUUUGGAGUGACUUCAAGCCAUUUGUGAACUUUGUUAAAGGACUUCUUUCAUAUGGCACCUCCAUCAUUGUUGCAGUUGGAUUGGUUUUCAAUGCACUAUCAUUUCGAGUGUUUAUACAUCCUGAUAUGAGUUCAACAUCUUCUCAUAUCUAUUUAGCAGCACUAGCAGUCUUUGAUUCACUGGUCUUGAUUUUCAAUUUCAUGAUCGGGGUUUUAAGGGGACAAAAUCCAAAUACGGUGAAUAAGUCGUUUCAAAGUAGUGAAGGCCUUUGCCGCGUUCAUUCCGUUGUUAUUGAGCUGUUUAAUUUACUCAGUGUUUGGAUGAUCGUUUGUUUCACGGUAGAACGUUUUAUAAGCGUCACAUUCCCCUUCAAAGUGGUCACAUUGUGCACCGUAAAACGCGCGCGAAGGGUUAUUAUCGGGGUUUCAAUAUUGGUGUUCAUUAUUUCAUGCCACAAGAUUUUCAUAUCUGGUUUUGAAGGUGACAGUGUAUUUGGUUACCAGGCGUGUAGGAAGAACACGUUCAAAUUUGGAGAGGCGAUAUACUUCUAUGUCGGCUUUAAUACGUGGCUCCCUGCCAUUACUAUCCUUGUAAUCAAUGUCGCUAUUAUUGUAAGACUCCGUAAACAAUCCACCAAACGUCGCCAGCUUACACAAGUUGGAAAAUCUAAGACCGAUGAAAAAGCAGUAGAAAAUCGUGAAGCUAGAGUCACUCGACUUUUGCUUAUUGUCUCUUUUACGUAUUUCUUCUUGAUCCUACCUCUUGGACUCGUACAAAGUGUUGAGCUGGUUUAUAAUAAGGUCUAUAAAGUUCCACAGAGUAACAUUGAACCUCAGAAAUCAGAAUAUGUGCAUUAUCAGACUAACAAAUUUCGUUUGAAAUGGACAAGGGCAUUUUUCUUUUUCUUCUAUCAAAUCAACUUCUGCGUGAAUUUCGUACUUUAUGUUGGAACUAAUCUCAAAUUCCGUGCAACUCUCUCAAAGAUUCUGCCCUUUUGCAACAAUGACUCAAGUCAUGAGAACAAAGAGAAGAGCUCUACAAUCACGCGAAACACGGAAUUCGGGAAUUCUGCCAUUCGGAAAAGGUCAAAUGAGAACGUUCACGUGCUUAAUGCCAGUAAUUUAGGGAAAAUUAACGACGGGAGAAUGGCUCAGAUACAGCGGUUGCUAUGGACGGAUGAAUACACCGAUUUUGAUGACAACAUACUCAUAGAGAGUCCAUUUGUUCAGGUGACUCCAAGUGGGAAAGGCUUGAAACAGCUGUAUGUCGGUCUCACCCAAGACGCAAUCAUCAUGGCUGUCCAUAAUCUCAGUCGAGGUCAGGAUACACACGAGCAGAUGUUCAUCGAUGGUAACACGACCGACCCUGAACUGGACUUUAUAGAACUGAACAAAAUCAUCCCUCUUGCGUGUGUGCGUAUAAAUAUUGAUAAUGACCCGGGGAAGAGGAUUGUCGUUGAGUUGUGCUCAGGGGAGCCUGUGUACCUUGAGCUCAGCGAGAAACACAACAGGGAACAAAUCUGGGAUGAAUGGUAUGACCAGAUCGCAGCCCUUAAUUCCCCGUACAGGUUUUGUUCCAUUGAUCUUGGUGAAGAACCACUUCGAUUGUAUAGACAUACUGAGGCCCCUGAUGGGUUUAUCAGAGUGCGUUUCGGAAAUGGAGACCAUAGUAGCGGAGAUGAGUCCUCGGCACCCGGAAGUAGAAGGAACUCACUUCCUGGCCUCAAUGUGGGACUAGCCAGACGAAGUAGUUCUCAUAACGGGUUGGGCACUCCAGAUUCUCCCUUGCAUUAUAGCGGAGUCAUAUCGCCUCUCGCAACAGCAUACUUGCAGGGUAGAAACUUCUUAUCACCACACCGAAAGGAUUCUAAAGAAAGCCAAAACUCCAAUGUAAGUAGAGAAAGGAAAGUCAGUGUGAUUCCAGAGGAAACUCAAAAAUCUGAAAAGUCUGAUGAUACGCACUCAUCAUGUACAGUAUCAAUCAGUGAUAUUGUACCAGCUAAAGAUAUUGACUCAAUGUCUGUGUGUUCUGAUAUGAUUAACGUCAAUAAUGUCGAUAAGGCACGCAUUGUUGAAUCAGACGACGCAAGUGACAAUAAAGAGAAGACACGCUACCUUAAUUCUGAUACUGCCAUUGCUGACAGUAAACGCAGUAGCCGACGAAGUGGAAUCAGUCAUUUUAUGAUGAUGUUUGGAAGAUUAAACAGCUCAGAUAAAAAGUUAUCGGAACCACAUAGCCAUGUAAAAGAUAAAAACAAAGAGAACGAAACAGCAGAAAAGAACAACGAAGAAGGGUCUGAAAAACAAGAAUAUCAAUCUCCUAAACCAAAACGUAAGUUGUCCUUUUUGCGACGAAUAUCUUUUACAAAUGGAAAGAGAUCGAAGAAGGACAAACCAAAAGGUCCAGAUUCACCAACAAAUGUGAAUUCUGAGUCGGCAUCACCAGCCAUCAUAGAGCCGGUUAUAAACAAUGCCGCAGACAACCUCAGUUGUAACUCGGACAAAGACAGUGGUUACCAACAGAGUGAGUACCUUGGGGCAGAAGGGAGACCAUCUCCUGUUGAUCCAUUUGGAUUUGGCCACGUGCUAGAAGCCGGACGACUAGACAUAACAAAUAUGCAGUACAAUCCUCCGAUAUCAACUCAUGAACAUAACCGAUCUGAAGGUCCAGGAGUUCUUGAGGGCGCGAAUGGGGUUCCACACCGGAGAAUUAUCCACGUUGACAGUUUGGAUGAUUUUGAAUCUAUACCUGAACCAGAUUCUAAUUUUAUUGAUAUUCCAAUUGAAGUUGCAGAGGAUCUAAUUAAUGAACGCCAGCAAAUCUUAAUGUCUAGAUCACCUUCUCCUCAUCGAGAUAGGAAAUCAUCAAUGGAAUCCACUGAGCAUGUUUCAUUUGAAAAUAUGAAUACAACACCACGUUUAGAGUGGAUGAACCGCCAGCGUUCUUCAAGCAUUGAUAUGUUACCUGAGCGCCCAAGGUCUCGACCAACGAGUCCUUUGGUAGGCCGACGAAUCUCUCACGAAAUGAACCAGAAUGCCAAUCCUAGAUUUAAAGUACUUCAAAGAAUGAAUAAGAUGUAUAGCUCAAUGGAAGACAUUGCACGCAUGAAUAACUUGAGACAAGUGGUACACGAUGCACAAGUCACCAAAGGGAGUUUGGAUGCGAUAGAUAGGAACGAAUGGUCACUCGUGAAGUCAGACGUGGACAGAUGGGUAGCAAUACAUGCCAAAUCUCCUAAGAUCGUCAGAAAGAGAUCGAAGAGUAUGGCACGUAAACUCGGUAUGGUCGGGUCAUCAUUAGUUGACGAGCAGUCCUCGCAGUGUUCUUCAACAGCAAGUCUGACAGAUGUAUCUGCCAUGGAAGAAGACAAUACUAAGGAUGAGAUAUUCGUCGCAUAUGAAACUAUUGCUCCUGAUACAUCUUAUGCUGGCGUUGUUGACCAAGUACAAAUGAACGCAGGCAAUGUGACGCAAACGCAACAAACUAUUGGGACUGAGGAAAAGCAUCAUUUGUCUGCUAACUCAGUUGAUAUCAUAGUUACUGGAUGUGAUACUCAUGAACUUGAUAUGCUUGUUAAACAGAACGAAGAUCCCAAUUCUAAUACCAAUGCUGCAAAGUGCAGUGCAAUUCACAAAAGUGGACCAAAACUCUCUUUAAUUGAGAAAAUAAAACGGAAAAGGAAGCAAAAGAAAUUGAAGUCAUUGUCGACUAAUGACUUAUCAGUGACCGCACCCAAAUCGCCUCAACAUACGAAUGCGUCUAUAGAAAGUGCACAGUAUCAUAAUAAUUCUUUUGAACAUAAAGGUGGAAUCAGCCUACAAAAGAAUUGGUCAAUAAAUGUAACCAACACCAAAGUAAAUGACUCAGCAGAUCACGAUAAAGAAGGACCAGUCAAGAAAAGGUUGAGCCAAAUUAUCAAUAGGCCUAGAUCGAAAUCUAAAAGUAAGAAAGAAGCCAACGAAUCGAAAGUCCAUAAAAAAUCCAUAACAAAGUCAAACAAUUCUGUUGAAGAUCAGAUGAAAAAUGGGAACAACAAUGAAUCCGAUGAUGACAUUGAUAAAGAGGUCCGUAAAUAUAAAACGUCACUGACUGGUUCGAUACCAAAUAUAACUACAGGGUCUCACUCCCCUAAAACACAAAGAUCACCUCGGCUGUUAAAGCAUAAACUUUCAAAAGCAACAAGGAAGAUAAGCGUAAUGGACGCCUUGAUGAAAGGAGUUCACCGUACAUCUGGACAUGAUGAUGCAUCACCGUUCUAUGAUGCCAAUUAUGCUAUCCCAUAUGCCUACGAUCCGGUUGUGUUUGAAAAGUGUAAGGCAUUGCAGAACAAUUCCAGGAGGAAAUCAACCAUGCAUCAUAUCCCUGCUGGCAACGAUGGUGGUACAACACAACCAGUGGGAAUAUAUGAAGAAUACAUCGCCAUUGACACUCCAGUUGGAGAUAAAGCAAGUGCUGUGGCCCCUGAUAGACCACCACAUUUCCUUGGUCUCCAACCAGAGAACACAACCAGAAAUUACGUCAUUAAGAAAGUCCUAGCCAGGGGUAUAGAGACGGAUAGUAGUGAUUCUGAAUAAAACACUCCAUGUGCAAUUCCAGUAGUAAUCCAAGAUAGGAAGAAACAGAACACUAGGGAAUGAAAGUACACCUACUUUGCUCGGUGACAAUUGCGGUGGUGAAGUCCUGAACAUUGUAUUUUGUCAUCAAAUAAUACUCUUUUGACAAAUAAUUUCUUGAAUUAAGAAUUCUUAUUAGUUUGAUGCCGAUAUUUGUUGCCUUUUU